AUGAAAUCGCCAUCGCCAUCGCUGGCUGUCGACUUCAACUACGACAGCACCGCCACUUCCCCAUACGCCACCGCACCUUCAAGUCCUCAGUCCACCAUCCCUUUCUUCUGGGAACACAAACCAGGAAUCCCCAAACAAAACCACCAUGACACUUUCACUUUCCCAUUAGAAUAUGAUACAGAUUUCGCAUUCGGCUACCUCGAACGCCAUUCCAUCUCUGCAGCAGACGACCUCUUCGACUGCGGCAAGAUUAAGCCAUUGAAACCACCCCCACGUCUGCAUUGCUCCAACACUUCACCCACACCAUCCAAACCACCAAAACUACGGUUAAAAGACGCAUUAUCUCCACGAACCAAGUCUAACGAUUUCGACCCGUUCUCAGAGGCAUUUAAACAAACACCUUGUGAGCAAACCCAACGCGGACGAAACCCGACUACGAAAACCAUCAGACACAAGGUAUCUCGAUCUUUAUCGCCAUUUAGAGUUCCGGGUAUUGUAAACAACCGGAAAAACUCAUCGGAUGAUUCACCGGCUGUGGGCUUAACGUGGUAUAAUAAGUGGAACUUGAAGAAUUUGUUAUUGUUUCGAAGUGGGUCUGAAGGAAGCGUUAUAAAAACAGAAGAUCCAUUGAACAAAUACACGGUGUUAGAGAAGAAUGAAACGAUGAAGGUGCCGUACAAAUCAGGGUUGAUGGGUUGCUUGAGGUUUAAUCAAAAUGCUGGAUGUGUUAUGAAAGAAUGA